AUGGCGACAUCACUCAAAGCUUUGUUCAUUUUCUCUCUUUUCCUUGCCUCCAUCUCUUUCUCUCUUAGCUAUCAGGAUGACCCUCAGCAGCAACAGCAGCAGUGCCAUCAAGAAUGCCUAGUCCUAGAGCAGAUGGAGGAGCAGCAGCAGAAAGGCAUCGGCGGAGAAGGACAUGGAGGUGAACCACAGAUUAGGGAGUGCCAGCGGAGCUGCGACAAACAGCAUACCUGGCGCCCAGAUAUAUCCUACGAGGAAGGGAGUAAAAAACACGGACAAUGUCGUGCACAAUGCGGGCAGCAGUGCCUGCGGAGGUGCGACGAACAGCAACACCUCGAACAUGAGAUUCAGGACCUACACUGUCGUCAACAAUGCGGGCGGUACUUAACACAUAAUGAGCGUGGACAAAUAUGCCAGCAGCGUUGUCAGAGUCAACAAAGUGGCGAUCGGCAACAGCAACGACAGUGCCAAUCAAGUUGCCUGCAGCAAUUGCAGGAUCCUGAAACGAAAUUUGGGGAAUGCCAGGAUAGAUGUAUAUUGUCUGGGCAACGCCAACAACAAUGUUUUCACCAGUGCAAAGAGCAAUUGAGCGAACAGGAACGUCGGCAGAUCUGCCUGCGGCUUUGUCUUAGGAAUUUACAGUGUAGUGAACGGCAGGCAGUGCGACAAUAUUGCCAGAGAAUGUGCUGCUGCGAGAACCAACUACAACCUGGAGAACAAGACUUCAAUCGGCAAUCAAGAGAUCCCGAGCAGAAAUUUGAGCUAUGCAAGCAAAGGUGCCAAUCCAGGCAACAUGGACCACAAGGUCAACAACAACAGCAGCAGUGCGGUCAACAAUGCGGACAACAAUUGAGCCAAUAUGAGCGUCAACAGGUGUGCCAACAACGUUGCCAGAGGCGACAAGGUGGGGAUUUGAAACAACAACAACAUUGCCAAAGAAGGUGCGAGCAACAACUUGAACAAGAAAAACAAGAUGAGGGUCAAUUUGACAUGCAACAAUUUGAGCAAGAACAGGGUCAACAGGGUCAGAGCCUACUCAUAUCUUCAAGUUUGGGCUUCGCAGGCUUCUAA